UGUUGGUGACUGGAGGUGUUGAUCAGUGCUCGCUGGGAUUUUGCUGAUGUGGCCCCAACCUCGUCUCCCUCCCCACCCUGCGAUGGCAGGAGAAACUCAACAGAGCAAAUUGGCAGGAGCCAAGAGAAAGUUUAAAGAAUAUUGGCAGAGAAACAGCCCUGGUGGUCCAGCAGGAGCGAAGAAGAACAGGAAAACAAAUGGCGGUGUCCCUGAGACAGCCACUUCUGGUGGUUGCCACUCACCUGCGGAUUCAGCAACAGGUAUUGACGGAGAGGGCCCUACGUCAUCUGCUCCCCUGAAGGAUCUGGAGAGCCUGUGCCAAGAACUACCAGCAGCCCUGGACUCGAGGUCCGUCAAAAUCAAUCAACUGAAUAACAUCAUCAAAGCUUUGAAAAAACAGAAGAAACAAGUGGAACAUCAGCUGAAAGAAGAAAAGAAAGCAAACAUCAAGAAACAGAAAACUGAAAGGAAGCUAGAGGUUCAAAUCCAGAGUCUGAACAUGCAGAAAGGGAAACUAAGUACGGACCUGUAUCACACGAAACGCUCUCUCAGAUACUUUGAAGAGGAGUCCAGGGAUCUGGCCGGCCGCCUGCAAUGUUCAUUGCAGCAUAGAAGAGAGUUAGAGCAGGCUCUGUCUGCUGUCGUCGCCACACAGAAGAAGAAGGCGAACCAGUCCUCGAGGCACAGGAAAGCAUAUACGGAGUGGAAGUUAGAGCGGUCCAUACGGGAGCAGGCACUGCUGAAAGCACAGCUGACACAGUUGAAGGAGUCGCUAAAGCAAGCCCAGCUAGAGAGAGAUGAAUAUGCUCAACAUCUAGAAGGAGAGGAGGCCCGGUGGCAGCAGAGGAUGAGGAAAAUGUUGCAGGAGGUUCGCACCCUGAAGGAGGAGAGGCAGCAAGAUAUGCGUCAGGUAGAGAAGCUGGAGAGGCGCUUGUCCACACUCAAAAACCAGAUGGCUGAACCCUUGCCCCCGGAGCCCCCAGCAGUGUCCCCUGAGGAGGAGCUGCAGCACCUGAGGAAGGAACUAGGGCGAGUGUCAGCGGAGCUCCAGGCCCAGGUGGAAAACCAUCAGCACGUAAGUCUCCUGAACCAGGCACAAAAGGAGAGGCUUCGGGAGCAGGAGGAGAGGCUUCAGCAGCUGGCCGAGCCACAGAGCGGCAUCGAGGAGCUGAACAAUGAGAACAAGAGCGCACUGCAGUUGGAGCAGCAAGUGGAGGAGCUACAGGAGAAGUUGGGCGAGGAACACCUGGAGGCUGCCAGCCAGCAAAAUCAGCAGCUAACAGCCCAGCUGCACCUCAUGGCUCUCCCUGGUGAAAGAGAUGGAGGAGGACAUCUGGACAGUGAGGAGGAGGAGGCACCUGAGCCCAUGCCGAGCGUCCCAGAGGACCUGGACAGCUGGGAGGCCAUGAGCGGCCUUAUGGAUAUCCUGGAAGAGAAGGCGGACCUGAGUGAGCUGGUGAAGAAACAGGAACUUCCAUCAAUCCAGUACUGGGGAGAGAGAUGCCAUCAGAAUAUUCAUCACCUUAUAAUAGAGGCAGAGGGCAGUUCUGAAGAUGCGGCAAUGGGAGGAGGACAUCAUCAGGCUGGUCCAGCACAGGGAGGAGAUGAAGGUGAAUCUGCUGGCGCUGCAGGAGAUGCUGUUACGGCUUGCAGGGAGUACAACAAGCACAGCAAAUUCCUGGCCGCUGCCCAGAACCCUGCUAAUGAGCCCGGUCCAGGAGCCCCAGCCCCCCAGGAGCUUGUGGCUGCCCACAAGCAUGGUGAUCUUUGUGGGGUGAGCCUCACCGACAGCUCUGAGCCUGCACAAGGCGAGGCCAGGGAGGGGUCUCCCCAUGACAACCUUACUGCACAGCCCAUCGCGCAGGACCACCAGGAGCACCCAGGCUUGGGCAGCAACCGCUCUGUGCCAUUCUUUUGCUGGGCUUGGCUGUGGAGAAGAAGGAGAUAAACAUCACCAUCAUCAAAGAGCUGGUCAAGAAAUUUUUAAAAAAGAAACAAAGUUAUGGGGUGAAUCUCCUACACAAUCCAUUUACUUCAUUUGAAUGUUAGAGCCACUCUUGAUUAUUUGUGUUUCUAAUUUGUAGUUUAAGUUUAUUUGUAAGAAGUUAAAAGAGAGUGGGUCUCUGUGGCUUUCACUGAGGUUCACUCUGGCAUCCUUUAGCAUUUUCUUUUUUAAUUUCAUAAUUGUAGGUCAUUAGCAUGGAUAUCGAGUUUGCCCUCACGUGGUGGGAGUUCAAACACACAAAGACCCACUGUUUGCACAAAACUAUUCUCGUUGGUUUGGAAUAGGCUGCCAUGCUUUUUUAAUGUUAUUGCAGCAUGUAUGUUCAUUACAGAAUUCAGAUAAAAU